GAGGUCUGAAAUACAAGGUAUAUACAUACACUGUCAGAAAUAUGGUGAAUUCAUUAAUUUCUCGGUAUUUUAUUAAAGGUACUACCGCUUGGUAUUAAAAUUAUCCAUUUGAGAAAAAAGGUACAUUCAUUGUUAAAAAUCAUUCAGGUAUUAAUUUCUCGGUAUUAAAGAUCUACCUCUUUGGUAUUAAAAUUAUCCAUACUCGUCCAUUAAAAUUUAUUACCGAUAAGAUAAAACUAAAAUACCAAGCUAUUACUACAUGACACGCGGUAUUACUUAUCAAUGCAUGAAUUGAAUACCGCUUGGUAUUAAAAAUUUUUGCUACCAAUAAGGUAAAACUUUAGUACGGAGCUAUUACUACACAGUGUUACUUAUCAAUACCACGUUGGUAGAGUCAUAUUCAUACAUGAAUACCGCUUUGGUAUUAUUUUAAUAACUGUAUUUCUAAGAGUGUAGAUAAGUUUUUGGUGGUUUGGUUGGGACAUGGGAGAGGAAAGAUACGAAAUAAUUAAAUUGUGCAUCCAUUAGUAUUUGCUGGCAGGCAGACAAUUAAUUAAUUGAUUGUUAGGAGGUGGGUGGAUGGGUUGAUUAAGUUAGUGGUUCGGAAACCUGGCUGGGAUGUUUCUAUUUAUUUAUUCAGUGGCACGUACGCACAAUUUCCAUAUUCUGAACGCAGGCAAAAGUUUCCUGAAAUUGGGAAAUGAUGGGCUUCCCUAUGAUACAUAUACAUACAUAAUACAUGCGCUUGUCGACAUUUGCAUAUUCUGAAUGCAGGCAAAAUUAUAUAUGUAUUUAUUGAACGAGAAACGGGGAAAUGAUGAGAUUCGGUAUGAAGUUGUGGGACAAGUUUGUCGAACUUGAUCGAAUAAUGGUCUAUUCAUCACAGAAGAGGAGAACGUAAUAAUGGAAUAAAAGGGGAGAAAAAGAGAGAGACCGAAGUUUGAGGCAGAAUUGACUUUCUUUUUUUAACAAUGACUAUAUACAUUUUUACCACUCAAAAACUUAUAUUUUCGAAUUUUUUUGGAGGAUUUUGACACCGAAAAAUGAUUUAUUUUAUAUUUGGGCAUUUUAAUAAAUAAUUAGGUCCCCAAUUCCCAUCGAUAAUUUUAACAGUUUCAAAUUUCAAAGUUUAAAAGUUUUUCAUCAAAGUGAAAAUCUUGAUAAAUAUUUUUUUUCCAAGAAUAAGUCAAAAAAAUAUCCACUAAAUAUAUUCACAACAUUUAAUAAACUAUCUACCUGACUGACGCAAAGUAAGAUUGCAUAAUUGGAUUUGCAUACUACGGAAAUUUUCAUAUUUGCAAAUAUGAGAAUAUUUGCAAACUGAGGAAAAAAUUAUGACCAAUAUUUUAUAAAUUUUUUCAUCAAUUUUCUAAUUAAAUGCGGAAAAAAAUACGCCCAAACCAACACGGUUGAACUCACGUAAAUAAAAGUGACCGGAAGUAACCACGGAAGAUUUUACACCAGCGUCUCAAAAUCCAUGGAAAAAAGAAAUGGAGACCCAAAUCCAGCCGAUCUACCUCUCACACGCCCAACUCUUCACCUACUCGUCACAGUCGUCACCGUCACCACCGUCCAAACAAUGGCUCCCCGUCCACCCCCUCGCCGUCCCGACGUCCAUCAUGUUCGACGCGACGCGCGGUCUGUAUCGCCUCAUUUCGGUCGACCCCACCUGCAAAAACGUCAUCGUCAACUCCACCAUCGUCAAAGAACUCGACUUCCACAAGACCUCGCAGCGCUUCGGGCACUGGACCGAUCUCGCGACCGGGGUCGUUUUCGGCAUCGGGUUCAAAUCCGAACAGCAACUCGAGGACUUUGCGGAUUGCGUGAGAAAGGCGAAAGUCGCGGUGAGUGGGGGUAGUGGGGGACUAAAUAAAGCGACGACGCUACAACCACCGCGAAAUAAUAUGGACCCCGACUUCCGCGAAUUGUUUGGACGCCUAGGACUGAAGACGGAGCCGAUCGAGGUCAUUUUACCGCCGAGGAAGGCCCACGAUAACGUGGGGAUGAUGUUGCGGAUUGCCCCACCACCGCUCCCGCCACCGCUACCGCCACCGUUACAGAUGGACGAUGAUUCGAGUCACGAAAUAGCUCGCCUUUCCGAGGAAAACAUGUCCCUCACGAAAUCUCUGGCGGACACGGUGACGAAAUAUCACGCUUGGGAGAUUCAACUGGAUUCCCUCCGGUGUCAGAAUGCCUCCCUGGCCAAAGCGCUGGCGCAGCUGGGCGGGAAAAUUGAAGAGAAGAAGCGAAUCAACUUUGACCUUCAGGGAGAAUGUGACCUCUUGAGGAAUGUUUAUUUGACCCAAAAUAAUAAUAAUUUGGACCACAAACACGCCGCGCUGCUGGGGGAGAAGGCUCGUCUUGAGAAAAUUGUGAGGUCAGGCGAGGUCAAUCAAGGUCAAGGUGAUCCGAUGACCUUUGAUUAUACCAAGAAACAGCUGGAAGAUCAUUAUAAAGUUUUGCUGGACAAGGCCAACCGCGAAUUGAGCGCCGCGCUGGAGGAAAAUAUGGCGGGAAAGGACAGGGUGCAAGAAGUGGACGCGCUUUUUUGUAAGGCUAUCCAUGAAUUGACGGGGAUUCAUAGGAUGAUCGGGGGCGCGUUUGGGGGGUCGGCGAGAGGGACCGCGGCCGAGUAAGGGGGGGAAUUUUGAAUAUUUUGUACUAUUUAUGACUAUGAGUGAGAUAAAUGUGAAUAAAAUGCGGGAAAUUAUGAAAUGGUAUGAAAUUUGUGAGACGCUAGGAUUACUUAAUUAUUUGUGUGAUUACCUGCUAAUUAUUUUCGUUAUCAAUUAAUUCAAUGCAUCAUUAGUUUAAAAUUUACAAGUAUUUUGUACUAUUUAUGAGUGAGAUGAUUGUGAAUAAAAUUCAGGAAAUUAUGAAAAGGUAUGAAAUUUGGGAGAGGGCGGGAUUAAUUAAUGUUAAUCUUUAAUUGUUUGCGUGGUUAACUAAUUAUUUACGGGAUUAAUUAUUAAUUUAAUGCAUCAUUAUCUAGUUAGAAAUUUGCAAGAGGUCGGGAUUACUUAAGUUUGGGAGUACUUAAUUAUUUGCAUGAUUGCUUAAUUGUACAAAAUUUGCGAAAAGUUGGGGUUAGUUAAAUUUGUGCUUACUUAAUUGUUGGUAUGAUUAAUUAAUUAUGUACGUACGGUAUUAAUUAAUAAAAUGUGUCAUUAGUUAGAUUAAGACGACGAAAAUUGGAUGUUUUAGAAAAAGGCAAUUCAAAAUUAUGAAUACAGAAAGUGGGUAGACUUUGAUAGAUGUGAAUUCUAUCAGUCUGCUCACUUUCCGUUUUAUUUUAAUAUUUGCUAAAUACAUACUACAUACUACUGUAUAUUGCGAAAUAUGUCUG